AUGCGGCUUACUGCCCUGUGCUCUCCCUGUCCUUCCUCCUGCAGCGGGCCCCAGGCGGUCGACCUGCGCAACAGCAGCACGGUGACAGAGUUCAUCCUUGUGGGCUUUGCGCAGAGCUCCCUUUCCACGCGGACACUGCUCUUCACCCUCUUCCGAGCGCUCUACAGCCUGCCCAUGGCCAUAAAUGGCCUCACCGUCUACAUCACGUGGACAGACCCGAGGCUUAACAGCCCCAUGUACUUCUUCCUCGGCCACCUUGCUUUCCUGGACGUCUGCUUCAUCACCACCACCACCCCACAGAUGCUGGUCCACCUGGUAGUCACAAACCACACUGUCUCCUUUGUCUCUUGCGUGGCACAGAUGUACCUGGUUUUCUUUGUGGGUGUGGCCGAGUGCCUUCUCUUGGCUUUCAUGGCCUAUGACCGUUACGUUGCUCUCUGUCACCCACUAAGCUACACCCAGAUCAUGAACUGGCAGGUCUGUGGAAGGCUCGUGGGUUCUGCCUGGAUUUUGGGAAUGAUCAGUGGUAUCCUUCUUGAUUACAUGACAUUUAGAGGUCCAUUCUGCAGAGAUAACCAUGUAGAAAACUUCUGUGAGGCUCCCAUGGUGAUCGCCUUGUCCUGCGGGGACCCCCAGUUUAGCAUGAAGUUGAUCUUUGUCGACGCCACUGUGGUGUUGCUCAGUCGCGUGGUCCUCACUGUCACCUCCCACGCCCGCAUCCUGCCCUCCAUCCUCGGCAGAGACUCCUCCUCAGGUCGGGGCAAGACCUUCUCCACUCGUGCCUCCCACCUGAUGGUGGUCGUCCUCUUCUACACCUCAGCUGUGUUCUCGUACAUGAAUCCCCACAGCACACACGGGCCAGACCAGGACAAGCCUUUCUCGCUGCUCUACACCAUCAUCACCCCCACGUGCAACCCCGUCAUCUACCGUUUGUGCAACAAGGAAGUGAAGGGAGCCGUGGUGAGGGCCUUUGGGGCCUACCUGGCCCAGGCAGAGUCUGUCCAGCAGACUGGGAAGGCCCCUGGAGGAGAAGCUCCCUCCCCUGGGCGGGAGAAGGUUAGUGAGCCCUUUCCCGUCCUGGACAGGUGGGUAACUCUCCAAUGCUGGAAGACUCCGGGAAAGAGAAUUCCUGGCUUCCUUGGCACAGACUCAGACCUGGAAGUGUAUCCUGAUAUUUAA